AUGACAAUCAAGUUUGAGGAUGUUAUCGGCUUUGUGUUGAAGAAGCGUAUUUAUCUUGUUCUGCUAUGGCCGCGGUAUAUGCCCCGAGCCUUGGCAAAAUCUCUAUUCAUUUUGCUGUCUGUUCUCUGGCUUUCUAAUGUCUUUCCCAUCAAGGGAAAUAUCACACAGCUCAACAGCGCUGGGUGCAUGGCAAAGCACAGCGUAAGCUCAGCCCGAUCAGACUGGACAGAGCCGCACGCGGAAAGCCCAAUCCCCAGGAAGAUCUGGCAGAUUAUGUUACCCAGAGAUGGCACCAAAAAUACUUUUUUCACGCCCGAAAAGCUAAAGGAGACAACAAUGUGGCUAGCCUUGAACGUUGAUUAUCCAUACAUGCUCUUAGGCGAAACUGGAAGCAAGUCCUUUAUCAAGCGCUGCUUUACGCAUGACCCAACAGUGUUAACAACAUACAACUCCCUCCCCAACGUUGCAAUGAAAUCAGAUCUUCUGCGGUACCUGCUCCUCGCCGUAGAAGGCGGAACUUACACGGAUACUGAUACCGUCCCCCUUAAACCGAUUGAUCAGUGGGUGCCCUACCACCUUCGUGGACUGACGAGGCUUGUUGUCGGUAUCGAGUUUGAUCAGCGUGAAGGUACCAUCUGGUCUGGCAUGCUACACCCGCUACAGUUCUGUCAGUGGACAAUUGCUGCCGCGCCCGGCCAUCCCGUUUUUCAGAAAAUAUUAGCACGUAUUAGCCGUUCCACCGCUGAGCUAGUAGAAAAAAACAAGGCAAAAGAAUUUGGGUCAACUUGGAAACCUACCAGCUUAGAGGUCAUGAACUCAACAGGCCCAGCGGCUUGGACGGAUGUAGUCUGGGAGCAUCUGCAAGGAAUUGACGAAGAAUUAACAGACAUUAGGAAUCUCUCUUACUUAGAGGCACCAAGGCUAUAUGGUGACGUUUUGGUUCUGCCAAUUGAUGGGUUUGGAAUGGGUCAGCGACAUUCAGGCAGUACUAAUGAUGGAAGCAUUCCUGAUAACGCGCUGGUGAAACAUUUAUUCGAAGGUUCUUGGAGAGAAGAUACCCGCUCGAUAUGA